AUUCCUCUCUCUCUCACAGACAAACCCAAUUGUAAGCCCUGCAGCCCAAAUCCAAACCCAAGCCCACUCAAAACAGCAGCACACCGCUGGUCAGGAUGGCCGGCUACACCCUGGUCGGCCCACCGGAGGCUCGAAAUGCCACGACGGCGCUCGCUGCUGCGGCUGAGGCGCCGCAGGCCGUCGACGCGUUCGUCGACCUGCUAGACGCCGGGUUCACCAAGGAGACUGGCGACGGCGAGGGGAAGACGCUCACGGAGAACUGCUCCCCGACCUUCGUGUCCUCCGGCGACCCCUGCCUCGACUUCUUCUUCCACGUGGUGCCCGGCACGCCCGCGGCCUCCGUCGCCUCGCUCCUCGCCGCCGCCUGGGCCGCCGACCCGGCUACCGCGCUCCGCCUCGUCGCCAACCUCCGCGGCGUGCGGGGCUCCGGCAAAUCCGACCGCGAGGGCUUCUACGCCGCCGCGCUCUGGCUCCACGCCCACCACCCGGCCACGCUCGCGCGCAACGCCGCGACCGUCGCCGCCUUCGGGUACCUCAAGGACCUCCCCGAGCUGCUCCACCGGAUCGUGCACGGCGGCAGGUCAACGAGGACACCCGGCAAGAAGGCCCGCCUCCGCGCCUUCCACAGCCCAAAGCCGCGCCGCGAGGACCGGCCCCCGCGCGUCGGCAGCACAGAGGAGCGCACCGCGGCGAGCCUGGCGCACGACCGCGAGCUCGCGGCCGCGGCCGCGGCGUCGCGCCGGAGCAAGAGGGCCCACGCCGCGGCGAGGGCCGUGGACCUGUACAGCCGCGACUCCACGUACCGGUCCCUGCACGACCGAACGGCCGAUCUGUUCGCCCAACUCCUCGCGGAGGACAUGCGCAAGCUCGCCGACGGCAAGGUCCGGGAGUUCUCCCUCGCGGCGAAGUGGUGCCCGUCGCUGGACUCGUCCUACGACCGCUCCACCCUCCUCUGCGAGGCCGUCGCGCGCCGCCUCUUCCCAAGGGGAUCCUCUCCAGAGCUCACCGACGACAUCCCCGACGCGCACUACGCGUACCGCGCCCGCGAGCGGCUCCGCAAGGCGGCCAUCGUGCCGCUCCGCCGCGCGCUCAAGCUCCCCGAGGUCUUCAUCUCGGCGCGCGCCUGGGAAUCCGUCGUGUACACGCGCGUGGCGUCCGUGGCCAUGAAGAACUACAAGGAGCUCUUCCUCGAGCACGACGCCGACCGAUUCAACGCCUACCUCGCCGAUGUCAAGUCAGGCAAGAAGCGGAUCGCCGCGGGCGCGCUGCUCCCGCACCAGAUCGUCGAGUCCCUCGGCGACGACGGCGGCGUGGCGGACCUGCAGUGGCAGCGCAUGGUCGACGAUAUGCGCGCCCUUGGCAAGCUCACCAACUGCCUGGCCGUGUGCGAUGUGUCCGGCAGCAUGUCUGGCCUCCCCAUGGAGGUCUGCGUCGCGCUCGGCCUCCUCGUGUCCGAGCUCAGCGACGAGCCGUGGCGCGGCCGCGUGGUCACCUUCAGCGAGCACCCGGAGAUCCACAGAAUCACCGGCGAUACCCUCUCCGAGAAGACCGGCUUCGUGCGCGCCAUGGAUUGGGGCAUGAACACCGACUUCCAGGCAGUGUUCGAUAAGAUCCUCGAGGUGGCCGUCGACGCCGGCCUGCCGGCGGAUAAAAUGGUGCGCCGUGUGUUUGUGUUCAGCGACAUGGAGUUCGAUCAGGCGUCCGAUCGGCCGUGGGAGACGGACUACGAGGCGAUCGUAAGGAAGUUCUCGGAGGCUGGCUACGGCGCGGUGGUGCCGGAGGUGGUGUUCUGGAACCUGAGGGACUCCAAGGCCAUGCCGGUGAUGUCCGGCCAGAAGGGGGUGGCGCUUGUCAGCGGGUUCUCCAAGAACAUGCUCAAGCUGUUCCUUGACGGCGGCGGCAUCGUUUCCCCGAGGGUGGUCAUGGAGAAGUCCAUCGCCGGACCGGAGUAUGACGAGCUCGCUGUGUUCGAUUGAAGUAGUCGGUGGUGUGUCUCUCUCUUGUGAUGAGAAUUUGCUGAAUCCAGCAUUUCCAGCUUGAGUUCUUUUUUCGCUCCACAUUUUCAGCUUGAAGAGGUUUGUAAAAACAAAAUUUUAAGAAGUUUUCAACA